AUGAUCUUGCAUUUCGACGCGCUGCCUGACCUCAGGCUGCCAGACUACCCGAAUGUUCCCCUUAAACUAGACGGCCACCCGCUCAGCAUCUACAAGGAAAACUCUUUCAACACGGGCAUUUCCACGCCGCCAUCAGUCCCGCACGGCAUAGCCACCGUGCUGUACCGCUGGAGCCCCGCCGCCCUGCAAGCCUUCCUGGACCUGGAUGCCUGGUUCAGCCUGACAUGGACGUGCACGGUGCCUGGGCCCACGCCCGACGCCGCAGCGAAGAAGCUAGAGAUCGGCCGCGUGGGGAACCAAGUCACGUUCGGCACGCUCGACGCCGCGGGCGAGAACUGGGCCGUCAUGCUGACGUACAACGUCGCUCUGCAUUCUAACGACAGCGUUGUGCGCGGCGCCUGGGUGCCGAAUACGCGCGAGAGCAUGCUGGGCGAGCGCGACGUCAAGGCCGCGGAGCUGGUUGAUAGGCUCGGCGAGCGCUGGGUCCAGGAUGCAAUCAAGAGUAGGUGCUGGGACGCGGCAAAGGGGGUCAAGCACUCGUUCCAUGUCGAGUAUGCGCCGAUGGACAUCUUCGGCGACGGGAUUGCGAUGGCGCCGCUGCUGCUGUAUGCAGCACUCGAUCUGAGCAAGUGCACGGCGUGUGGCGCGGCGGGUGCGGCGAAGCCGCUGGACCGCUGUGGGAGGUGCGGCACUGCGGCGUACUGCUCGGCGGAGUGUCAGAGGGGGGACUGGAGGGUGCACAGGUGGGUGUGCACGAUGAGUGGGGAGGAUCGCGGGAUGGCGCUCAAGGUAGCGGAGAAGGGGGGGCUGUACAAGUGGGAUACGGAGCGGACGAUGGUGGCGCAGGGGGAAGAGGUGGAGAGCGAGAAUCCGUUCUUCGAGACGGUGCAGUUGAAGCGCGAGCGAGACUAG